AUGCAAUAGAAGAAAAGUCCAAAGUUUUUAGACAAGCUAUUUGAUUUGCUGGAAUCAGAGCAAUAUAGAUUCUUGAGAUGGAGUGAUGAUGGUAAAUCCUUCGAAGUGUGUGAUAUAAAGAAAUUAGAGAAAUAAAUACUCAAGGUAUUUUAUAAACAGAAGUCAUUUGCAAGUUUUAUAAGGCAAUUAAAUUUAUAUGGUUUUAAGAGAUCGAAGAUUAGACGCAACAUCAAUGUUUUUGCUCAUCGUUAUUUUAUUCAAGGAGAGAAGUAUGAAUACUUAUAAAGUAGAAAAUAGUUGAUAAAUAUCAUUAGUUUAAAUAAAUUGAAGGUUCUCGAAGAACUCAGCAAUUAGGAUAACAAUCUGAAACACUAAAUUUAUGAGGCGGAGCAUCAGUAAUUGACAGAAACCUUGAAGGAUCUACAAAAUUAGCAAAAGUAAAUUCAAAUGAAAUUUAAUGAGCAAAUUCAUUUAUAGAUGUAACUAAAACUUAGAAUUAUAUAAAUAAUUCACCAAAUUAAUACUCACGACAUUACUAUAAACAUCAAGGCCCAACACUCUUACUAAUUGUUGUGUAAGGUAAUGCAAUUGAUUCCGAACAAUGAGUAACACAAAGAAGAAUUCGCAAUUAUUCGAAGUAUUUGCAAGGUAUUUAAUGAAUUUCAUUUGGAAUCCAUGUCAUCAUAUUUGGGUAGUCCAAAUGAUAGAUUGACUCCCUUGCCCUUUUACUUAUAAGAUUCUAGUAUCUCCUUGGAUUUCGGAAGCAAAUAAGGUUAAAACCAAAUUUAUGAAUUGCUGCAAAAUCAAGCCACGCGGAUAUUCCAACCAUCCCAAGUAAAGCAAUAAUAAUUUAUGAUCUGA